AUGUCUUUUUUUUUUGCCGCAAAGAAAAUGGACGCAGCUAACAUUCCACCCCUGACCGAGGAGGUGCCAACAGAGGCCUACUCUGGUGGCAUCCGAGCCUUAAAACGCGAGUUACUGGAGUGGUUUCAUUCGCCCAUAAAUCGCUCCCUCCUCAUAUUUAAACUCUUCUACUUCCUCUUCUACGCCGCUUUUGGAUCUCUUUUUCCCCUUAUUUCCAUUUAUUUUAAACAACUCGGCUUGAAUGCAACGCAAUGCGGUUCUCUAGGGGGUGCUCGAUCCCUUGUUGAAUGGGCGGGUGCAUCCUUCUGGAGCGGCGUUGCUGACCGAUGGAAGAAAGGCAAACUUUUUCUCAUGAUCAGUCUCCUCUGUUGGAUCGUAUUCACUCUCGGUUUGGGCUUUGUUCGACCUCAACCAGAGGGCUGUCUCGUGUCUGUUAGCGGUACAUAUCCAAAGAACAGCUCCAUCCAUCCUUUGGAUAUCCGAAUAAUGGAGCCAUAUAGGGAAGUCACUAGUGAACGCAUUGAGGCCAUUGAAAUGAAGCCCUACUUGGCUGCCUACGGAAACACUCGAAUUGGACAAUCGCCACUGGAACUCAACUUAAAGACACUUCUUAAUAAAGAGUCCCCAGAGGGUUCACUUGAGUCGAUGAGCAUCGACAAAAGUGGGAUUCAUGCGAGAGUAACAGAUGAGGAAGCUUUUGCUGACAUAAGUCAUUACUCCGAAGGGAGUCUGGUAAUGCCUCUUUUCUCAACGGUAGUGUACCGCAGAAGCAAAAUUAACCAGAUUUUCAUUAUUGCAAUAAUUCUUAUCUGUGUUGGGGCCUUCUUCUCCAGUCCAGCCAUUUGUCUCGCUGAUUCGGCAGUAAUGACCUACCUAGAAGAGAAGGGACCUCACCUUUAUGGUCGACAACGCAUGUUUGGUUCGGUGGGUUGGGGGUUGGCUAUGUUUUUUGUCGGUAUCGCUCUAGACCAAUCACAGAGUUUUCCAGACCACCCUUGUCUUCGACCCGGGCGUCGAGAGAAGAACUACAUGGUCAGCUUUGCAGUUUUUACUGUCUUCAUGUCUUGUGCCGCAAUUGCUGGAAGCCAAUUAUGCUUCGCUUAUGACGGGGCGGCGGAAAGUAUGUAUUUUAAAGUAAUGAAAGACAAAGUGGCGAAGACCCUCCGACGUGGAAGAAUUGGGAAAAACCGAGGAAAAUUGGUGAACCAGGAUGAUGAGGAUGAGGAAGAAUGGAAGGCUGAUGGAGGAUAUUCUCAGAUGCAGUCAGGGAGUGAAUACACAACCGGAGAAGGCCUUGCUUCCAAUGAGACCAUCCUUGAGCAGCAAUUAGGAAUUAAGCUUAACCACAAUAAAGUGGAGCGAUCGGACACGCUUGCCGGUUUGCCUACUUCUGACCCCUUCGUGGAGGACUUGGCCGCUACAGCUCAAACGAAGAUCACUCAGUACUUGACCGUUCUGAAGCAGUUCGUCCGACCCAAGCUGGCGUUCUUCCUCUUCGUUACCUGGUUUAUGGGUAUCGGUUCGGGAAUUGUGUUUAGCUUUCUCUUUUGGCAUCUGCAAGAACUUGGAGGUUCUCCAACACUCUAUGGCAUCGCAUCCAUCAUAAAUUACCUCUCCGAGAUUAUCACCUACUACUUCAGCAAACCAGCAAUUGCAAGAUUCGGGCACAUUAAAAUCCUUUAUCUCGGACUUCUCGUAAACGUUCUGCGUUUCCUCUACGUCUCUUGGAUUGGUAAUCCUUGGUGGGUAUUACCUUUCGAAUUCGUCCACGGUCUAACGAACGCAGGUGUGUGGGCUGCCAGUUGUUCCUACAUAGCCCAGAGCUUUGAGUCUCAAUAUCGGAUCUCAACGCAGGGCGUACUCCAAGGCGUGAACCACGGAUUUGGGAAGGGUCUUGGGGCCAUUAUUGGUGGUGUCAUCACCACAUAUUUUGGAACCGCCAAUUUGUUCCGUGCCUAUGGGGCCACAUCUGCCAUUAUUCUGAUUGGCUUCCUUUUGAUAAACUAUCUGGUCAAAGAGAAGGCGGCAGCGACAUCAAUGGAAGAGAAGGCGACAGAACAUAAAAAAAUGCCAACUCUGACUGCAGGCAGGACCUUUGAUGAGUCGACUUUCAUGUCACCUGCAGGAACGCCUUUUGUACCCGCCUCAAGAAUUCCGGCUGCGGUGGAUGUGACUAGAGGUGACUCCAACAUUGCGUAUAAUGGGAGGAUUAGAGGCAAGUUGCACAGAACAAUACAAUCCUUCAUUGAUGAACAUACCGGAACUAUGCCCAUCAGUCCCAUGGCCCAGAUAAGAAGAUAG